AUGAACGCGCCUUUUUUGAAUAUGCUGCGACAGCAGGCAGGUAUGCAGCCUGGAAAUAACCAGAACCCCGCUCUCAACCAAUACAACGCAAACAACGCAAACGCGACAGGGGGCGGUGGUCCCAUGGGCGGCGGUGGUAUGGGUGGUGCCCAACCUCCUCAGAUCCCAGGGAUGGCGAAUGCAGCAGGUGGUGGCAUGGGUCAGAUGCCUCAACUUCCAGGACUGGGAAAUAUGGCCGGUGGGGGUGGUAUGGCUGGUUUUCAACCUGGCGUACCCCCAGGAGGAAUAGCAAACAUAGGAGGUGUUGGCGCCUACCUUCUUGGUACCCCUUAUCCUGUAAAUCGUUCUCAAAUCAUGAAUCGAAUGACUGGCGGAGGUAUGCCUGGGCUCGGAGGCAUGCGUGGGCUCGGAGGUGGAGGAGUUAUGCGCAAUAUCCAUGGCCCACCAACCUCAGGAGGUUCCAGAACGAGAAAUCCACUUCGGAACAGGAGGUCAGGAAGAUCAUCAGGAAGAUCAUCAGGAAGAUCAUCAGGAAAUCGAAGUGGAGAUAGUGGAAACUGGGGAAGACUUGGACCUAAUCAAGGUAUUGAACAAGAACCAAAGCAAGAAUGGUUGGUUAUCUGUCAUAACAGGAAGUGCAAGGCUAGGAAGAAGUACUGGACACGGUAUUUCGAUCAUGAGCGUAUUCCAUGUCAUAAGUGUAAGAAGGGGUUGCUGGCUCCGGCUUGUCUGGUGGAAGAUGAGUUCUAA